AAUUGCGUUGAUUUUUUCCAUUGCAUGAUAAAUUUCACAUAGGACAACAAGAUGAAAACAGACAUUUUGCUUACUGUGGUUUUAAUUCUAAUAUUUCCUUGUGUUGUUCAAGGUGUUUUAAUAGAAGAUUGGUUAAUAAGAACAUUACUUCAGGAUUACAAUGAACUUGCCUAUCCUGGAACAACAGACAAUGAAACUGUUGUUGUCAAACACGACAUGUCACUACUUCGAAUUGUGGAAUUUGAUGGUACAAAAUUGACGAUUGACACAUGGUUAGGUACAGAAUGGAGAGAUCCACGUUUGUGUUGGGCAUCUUCUCCAACUAAUAUUCGGUUACCAAUAUCAAAGAUUUGGACACCUGAUAUUGUUCUAUACGACAAUCCAGACACAAGGACACGAUUUGAACCAAACGCAGUUGUCGACCAAUCAGGACUUGUUUACUUUAGCCUGCCAAUACGUCUUGAGGUCGAUAACUGUCGACAGUCCCAGGAUGAAUUUAAAUGUACCUUCAAGUUCGGAUCAUGGACAUUUGACGGAUUUAAAAUUGAUUUACAAAACAGAAGCCAGGUCAUAGAUUUGUCUAACUUUCAACAUCACAACAGCUAUGAAAUAAAAGAUACAAGCGUGGUUAGGAAUGUGGUGUAUUAUCCGUGUUGUGAAGAACCGUAUCCUGAUAUAACAUACUCAGUUUAUUUAAAACGACGAAAAACAGGAUGGUUUGACAGGCUUUAACUUUAUAUCCUUCUCCGCAGCUUUUAAUUCUUUCCCGCUGAAGAUAUUUUUUUUUUUUUUUUCAAAUAACGAAUGAUGAUUUUUUUUUAUAGUUUAAACAAAAUAAACCUCUACACGAUUUCAAAUAAUGAUAUAAA